CCGCCGCGCCAGAGCGAGGCUGGGCGGGCGGCGUCACGGCGACGGCCCCAAGCCGCGCCCCGGCACAGGCAGCGAGAGGCAGCGGAGCGGGCAGCGGGAGGAGCGCAGCGGGCUCGGCCGGCGAGGCGGCGGUCGGCGGGGAGUGGAGGCGCUGUCCGGUAUUGAGGGUGAUUUAUCUCUUGCAUCAUGCGUGAAUACAAGCUAGUGGUUCUUGGUUCUGGAGGUGUUGGAAAGUCUGCUCUGACUGUACAGUUUGUUCAAGGAAUAUUUGUUGAAAAAUACGAUCCUACGAUAGAAGACUCCUACAGAAAGCAAGUUGAAGUAGAUGCCCAACAGUGUAUGCUUGAAAUCUUAGAUACUGCAGGAACGGAACAGUUUACAGCAAUGAGAGACCUAUACAUGAAAAAUGGACAAGGUUUUGCAUUAGUAUAUUCCAUCACAGCACAGUCCACGUUUAAUGAUUUACAGGAUCUAAGAGAACAGAUUCUUCGAGUCAAAGACACUGAUGAUGUGCCUAUGAUUCUGGUUGGCAAUAAGUGUGACUUGGAAGAUGAAAGAGUUGUGGGAAAGGAACAAGGUCAGAACCUAGCAAGGCAAUGGAAUAACUGUGCAUUCUUAGAGUCUUCUGCAAAAUCAAAGAUAAAUGUUAAUGAGAUCUUUUAUGACCUUGUGCGACAAAUUAACAGAAAAACUCCAGUGCCUGGAAAAGCACGCAAAAAGUCAUCAUGUCAGCUACUUUAAUACAUAGCUGUACUGUAGCUCUGAGCCAGGUCUGAAGAACUGUUGCCCAAUUCAACAGUGCCAGCAUUCCAACUUUAUUAAACCUACCAACAUCUUAAAUGGACUUUCCUGUGGUGGUACCCUUUAAGAAAUGGAUGAAAGCUACUACAUCAGUUUGCACAUUCUAAUCACUUUCCAGUGUCACGAGAGAUUUUUACUUAUAAAUAUUCUAAGUGUAUGCAACUGGUAAAACCAGAGCCUACAUCCAGUAUUACUGAUAAGAGACAUUGUUCAUCCACCAAUGUUGUACAUGUAUGAAAACUGUGUACUGUAUACUUCAACAAUCCCCACUUUCUAUUGGAGAGUACAAUAAUGUAAAUCCUAAAAGCACCACUAUUUUAGCAUAAUAAAAGAAAGUCCAAAGAGCUCCUAUAUAGACUACUCCAGAUAACUUUGCUUCAUCGGUAUUUGUAGCUUAUUGUAACUUUUUUAAAGAAAUACAGGAUCAUCAUCAUCAUCGUAUUGUACAAAAGCGCUUUGAUUAACACAACAGCUAUAUAGUUUUUUAAUUUUAGGAAAAACCUGUGGAGACAGUGAUCUAGUCUUUAAGAGUCCUUUCAGUAUAAUGUCUGACUAAAGACAUGGCCUUUAAUAUCUGUUGGGAAGGAAAUGUCCAGACUUUUCAACCUUUUAUUGUAUGUUUCCUUUUCCUUGUUUACAUAGGGAACAAUGUUUAUAGUUGUGUGUACAGUGGGGGUCUACAACAAGAAGUGUAUAUUUUAAAACGAUUUUUUAAUGAUUUAACAAUUUUUUGUAAAUCAUUUUCGGGCUUCUGCAGCUGUAGAUUCUCACUGUGAAUUCCCUUGCUUGCUCAUGCAUAAGUGUAUUUGCAAUACCAAAUAUACAGGUUUAGUACUUUUGCCUGUUAGUGAUUGUUUUACAUGUGUAACGUUUUGGUUGAGAUGUUAAAUGGUGGAAGAGUACUGUGGAUGUGAAUGUGGGAAGUAAUUUUAUCAUGUGUAAUUGGUCACAGGGCCUAAGUUGCAGUAAUUAACUUUUGCUGAUUUAUUUAACAAUGCCUUGUUGCUUUGUAUGCAUUAACGUUUGGGUGUAAAGAUUGUGUGUAUAUCCAACAGGGAGCCACAGUAUUUAAAUUGACCAACCUAAUGUUACAACUGCUUUGAGGUGGCCAAAUGUAAACUAAAAGCCUUAAUUAAAGUGGUGCAAUUUUGUAUGACUUAGCAUCAGUAGUUCAAUAAAUUUGGAUUGCCAUGCAAGGGCUUGCAUUACAGUUA